AUGUUGUUCACUCAGAGGGCGCCGGCAUUCGACGUUUGCCGCCAAUCAUUAAAUAUCAACCUCGGCCGUCACGUUUCCAAUGUUCGCAGCGAGCCUAGCAAGGAUAGCAAUAACUAUAAUCACACAAGCGAGACCGGCAGCGGGCUUGGUGGAGGGAGGAACAGGAGUAGUUGCUGCGAGGUAGCGGAUGCAGACAGCAACGGGAGCAGCAGCAGAGCGACCAGCGACUCGACCACACCCUCGCCCACGAACUCGACGGCCAACGAAAGCUUCUCCCGCCUGUCCCUCGAAGCUCCCGAUGACAUCCCGCGGGGGUCGCCUGGUCCCUGGACGUAUACUUCGACAGCCGAGCAGAUCUUCUCGACGCGGGUGUUCUCGACGGACCGCAACACAUCAGACACAGACUCGCCAAUGCAGGUGUCCCAGUCCCUCAGCUUCACGGUGAUAUCUUCGCCCGCGUCUGCGAUGCACGAAGAAGACGUCGUUCCGAAGAUUGAGGAGAUUGAGGACGAAGAGGAUGGAACGGUACCGCUUAGUCUCCACCACGGCGAGCCACAAGAUGGCAAAAGUGACGUCCCUCCAUCGCCGACGGCCUGCGUUCCUCGAAAGCGUGGUCGGCCACGCAAACAUCCUCCUCCUGUGCCGGGCCAGGCAAAGGUUACCAAGGGCAGAUCGAAGACCGGGUGCAUAACGUGUCGGCGGCGGAAGAAGAAAUGCGACGAGACGAAGCCGGCAUGUCUGAACUGUCAGAAAAACGCCGUGGUCUGCGAGGGCUAUCCGGUCAAGGAGGUGUGGAAGAGCGGCAAGCAGAAGAUCGAAGAAGCUGCCAGAAGACAUUCCUUUGCGAUUUUUGCUCGUGGGUUGCCUGUCCUCAUCGACGGCAUCGAGACGGACAUCGACAGGCGCUUCCUUGACCACUUUGUCAACGACUUUAGCCGAGUUCUCACGCUGAUCAACGAUGACUCCAACCCGUUCAAGGAGAUCCUGCUCCCAAUGGCCACCCAGCACAAGGGCCUGAUGCACUCGUUAAUGUGUCUGGCUGGCUCUCAUCUCUCUGCCCGGGACCCGGAGCCGAUGCUGAAGGAGCGGAAACACUACCACUUUCACCGCGCAAUCACGAAUCUGCGAAACACAAUCGCUGCCCAGUCCUCGGCUUGCUCGCCCUCACCCUCUUCCACUACUACCUCGACUACUACGACGGAAACCUCGCCCGAAACGAGAACCAAGGAGUCUCGGGAGAGCUUACCGGUCGAGGACCCUAUGAUUGCAUCUACCAUUGCGCUGUGUCUGCACACUAUCUGCGAGGGAGAGACCAAGGGUGAAUACCGGUCUCAUAUGGAUGCUGCGAGGUACCUUUUGAUGACCCAACGGCCAAGGAAUGAAAAGUUUAGACAAUUUAUUGUGGAAUUUUUCCAGUACCACGAUGUAUCCAACUCGGUGACCACCCUAGAUCGACGUCCAAUCUGUUUUGCUGGUGACCUUCGUCUGCCUGACUUUGUUCCUCAUGCUCAGGCUGGCGCUUUGUUGGGCAUUUUUGAUGGCUUGUUCCACUAUAUAUCUGAAAUCACAGUCCUCCGGGAUAGAAUACGACAACGGAUCAAUCAAGGUAUCGAACCUGCCAUCGAUUAUCAGACGCUGAGUGAAGCAGUAGGGAUAGACUCGCAAAUACGUGCAUGGGAGCCCUCAUACCCUGCAGACAACCCCAACUGGCUAGCAUCACAGCUGUAUAGACAAUCCACCUGGGUAUAUCUAUAUAGGACAAUUCGUCCCUCUCGCCCCGACGAGAAGAUAUCGCAGGUGGUUGAUGAUGGUCUUCUCUAUUUAAACCAACUGCCGUUAGACUCCGGUGCAUAUAGCAUUCUCUUGAUGCCACUGUUUCUUCUAGGGUGCUCUGCGUUUGAACCUUACCAGCGAGAGCGCAUCAAAACUGGAUUCGAUAGCGUACAGGCUUAUUCAAGCCUGCGAAACAUUGACGCUGCUCUUAGAGUGGUAGAGAAAGUCUGGGAUGUUAUGGAUACAAGUCCAAACCUUAGCUGGGACUGGGAGAAGAUCAUUGAUGACAUGAACAUGGACUUUUUGAUAACAUGA